AGGCUUUGGCUCUCGCGGUGAUGUCUUCGGCUUUGGGCGGAUGGAUUUGAUGAGUGGCCCUAUGGGCCGGCAGCACUUUCAAAGGCCUUGGCUGAUUUGGGUCUGGAGGAGAAGGGGAAAGCAUCAGUGAACUUAGAGAGGUGGCCUGGGGGUUGGGAGGAGUUUACAGCUGUAGCGCAGAUGGCACUGGAAACCCAACAGGUUUCACCUGGCCGUGACCAGGAUGGGAAAACCUUGAAGAGAUUCCUGAACCGAGUUUUAGGCAUGAGCUGCCGCCUUCAGGAGACCCUCUUUGAGCUGCUGGCCACACACGUGGCAUCUAUGGAGGCGGCGGAUCGUCGCGAUGGCUUACCGAAUCAGGGGGUGCUGUCUCUGAACCGCGGAAUGCGGUGGGGUCGGCUGCAGCAAGUCACUGAGCUGAUGGCUGAGAACCUCCCAGGUGCCCUGGUCCUGCGCCGUUUGUGCUUGAUGCGGGGCAUGGAUUUCGAGGAGGCUUCAGCGAUGUUGGAACGGGCACCGGAGGAUCAGGAGGCUAUGCAGGGCUUCUACAUGCGCUCCAAACACGAAGAAGUUCUCUUGGUUCUGCGGCGGCGCACACGUGAUGGCCAGGUGGCUUACCAGCUGGUGCUGCCACAUGACAGUCCCAAAACGCAGCUGGAUGGCAACUCGUGCACUUUGGCCAAGAUGAAACAAAACUCCAUGCGGCGCAUCACCCCAGAUGCAGCCAAAGAGCACUGGACGCAACAGCAUCGGCUGUCGGAAACGCAGUGCCUCCACGUGCAACGGGGCCAGAACUGCGGAAACCGCACCUGCCGCUCGGGGAAACGAUUCUUGGAGGAGACCAUGUUGACAGGGCAAGUCUUGGUACAUUGGGAUUUUCUGUGUGCCCUGCUGGGCGAGAAGAACUCGCUGGUGCGUUGCGAGCUGAACACGGGGGCAGUGCUGGUGGGCUUGGUGAUUCCACAGGAUAUGGUGGCCCGUUUGCGUCAAAGCAUCCUAGAGUGAGCGGAAGACGAUGAACAGCAAAAUCCCCGGGAACGAAGACGAAGGCAGCCCGACAUGGUCGAACUCUCCGAUAGUGAAGCUUCCCAGGCCUCACUUUCUUCGAGUUCGGAUGUGCAACCCAUCGUGAGGCCUAAAUCGCCCAAGCAAAGACGAGUAGAUUCCAGCCUGGUGUUGUCCAGCAGCGAGUGAAAAG